AUGUCAGCAAUUUUAUGUAAGAUAUCACACCACCUUUCCACCACCUCUUUCCUCCCUACAACUAGCCUACGAUCAACCAGAUAUCUCCCUCAAAACCCCACCGGAGUUCCCUUCACGGCCAUCGUCGGAGCAGGAGUUAAGUCUACCACAGGAGGUGCCAAGAACGCCCAACCCGCCAGACUUGGAUCCAUUCCACCAGAGAAACCUGUUGAUCCUCCACCACUCUCUCCAAAUCCAACUCCAGAGUUUCCAGGCCCACCAAAGCCGGAUCCGGAGAUACAACCACCGGGGCCAGAAAUGCCGGUGCCACCAAAUACUCCUGAAGUGAUUCCGCCAACACCACCUGAAUGGGUUCCUCCGAAACAGCCGCCCGAUAUUGUGCCGGAACAUCCGACACAGCCGGAUAUUCCAUUACCUUUUGCUUGA